AUGACGAGAACGAGCGGUACCACCACAAUUAAAUAUUUAAGUUUUUAUUCGGUGCAUGCUUCUCAUGAAAGCAUUUUUUGUGUCCUUUUCCGUACUAUGCCGGUAUGCACGCGCAUUCUCCAACUCGUUGGAGUAUGCCAGUCGAGCAAGUUCAAGUUUAGUUCCUCGACCGAAACCGUUCCAUCCAUGCUCGUUCAAGGUACCAAAUCCUGUUCAUUUCCCGUCCUAGAGAUGACAGUGAUAGCCGUAACACAAAAACAACCCAUAGAUACAAACAUUGCUACACAGCGCUCUUUAAUAAGCCACACAUAA